CCUGCAGAGCCCGGCUGCUGGUGCAGCAGUGGCUGAGGCAGCGGGUGCUGCUGCAUCCGGACCUCCUGCCUCAGAGUCUCCUCCUAGUCUCCGGGUGGGGAGGUGGGACGUGGCCAGGCCAAGGUUGUGGUAGUGCGCAGUGCCCGCUGCGGCUUAGGGGGAAUUGAGGCUGAGGCCUGUCAGAGCCAGUCGGGGAGGCGCCCACAGUCCUGACAGGAUAAGAUGGCGGCGAUGGCGCCUGGAGGUGGUGGCAGUGGUGGCGGCGGUGUGAAUCCAUUCCUCAGCGAUUCGGACGAGGACGACGACGAGGUAGCGGCGACCGAGGAGCGGCGGGCAGGACUUCGGCUGGGUUCCGGGAGCGGCCUAGAUCCUGGCUCUGCGGACUCGCUGUCGCCCCAGGAUCCCGUGGCCUUAGGGAGCAGUGCGCGGCCAGGGCUCCCCGGGGAGGUGUCGGCGGCUGCGGUGGCACUGGGGGGCUGUGGGGAGACCCCUGCCCGCUUGUCCAUUGACGCGAUCGCGGCUCAGCUGUUGCGCGAUCAAUACUUGCUGACUGCUCUGGAGCUGCACACCGAGCUGUUAGAGAGUGGCCGCGAACUGCCUCGGCUGCGCGACUACUUCUCCAAUCCAGGCAACUUCGAGAGGCAGAGUGGGACCCCGCCGGGGAUGGGGGCGCCGGGGAUCCCUGGAGCAGCUGGCAUUGGAGGCGCAGGAGGUCGGGAACCGAGUACGACGUCUGGCGGGGGACAGCUCAAUCGAGCUGGGAGCAUCAGUACUCUUGAUUCUUUAGACUUUGCAAGAUACUCAGAUGACGGGAACAGGGAAACAGAUGAAAGAGUGGCAGUCCUGGAGUUUGAACUACGGAAAGCCAAGGAGACCAUUCAGGCCCUCCGAGCCAACCUGACAAAGGCUGCAGAACAUGAAGUUCCUUUACAGGAACGAAAAAAUUACAAAUCAAGUCCUGAAAUUCAGGAACCAAUCAAACCUCUUGAAAAGAGAGCUCUAAACUUCUUAGUCAAUGAAUUUUUAUUGAAGAAUAACUACAAGCUUACAUCAAUAACCUUUUCAGAUGAAAAUGAUGAUCAGGAUUUUGAACUAUGGGAUGAUGUAGGAUUAAACAUUCCAAAACCUCCAGACUUACUGCAACUCUACCGAGAUUUUGGAAACCAUCAGGUGACUGGGAAAGAUCUUGUGGAUGUGGCCAGUGGUGUAGAAGAAGAUGAAUUAGAGGCUCUUACACCAGUUUUAGGCAACCUUCCUCCAAGCCUUGAAACUCAGACUGUAGAGAACUCCUUGCUAGUACAGAAAUUAGAAGAUAAAAUUAGUUUAUUAAAUAGUGAGAAAUGGUCUUUGAUGGAGCAAAUCAGAAGACUUGAAAGUGAAAUGGACUUCCUCAAAAAUGAACACUUUGCCAUCCCAGUGGUUUGUGACUCUGUUCAGCCUUCUUUGGAUCAUAAAGACUCUGAAGACACUGGACAGAAUCCAGUUAUAAAUAGUUCAGACAAGGAAAAAGACAAGGAUAUCCAUCUCUCAAAAUCAGAUGAAGUGGAUUCCGCUAUUCCUAAGGAGAAUUUCCCAAGUUCUCUCCCCAGGAGAGAAAGAGAAGAAAUGCCCUCUUCUUCUCCAUCAAGUAAAAACACAGUCCAUUUUGAUAAACCCAAUAGGAAAUUGUCUCCUGCUUUCCACCAAGCUCUACUUUCUUUUUGUCGAAUGUCAGCAGAUAGUCGUUUAGGAUCAGAGGUGUCUCGGAUUGCAGACAGUGAGAAAAGUGUCAUGUUAAUGCUGGGACGCUGCCUGCCACACAUUGUUCCUAAUGUGCUGUUGGCAAAGAGAGAGGAGUUGAUUCCCCUCAUAUUGUGUACAGCAUGCCUACAUCCUGAGCCUAAAGAAAGAGAUCAGCUUCUCCAUAUACUUUUCAAUUUGAUCAAGAGGCCAGAUGAUGAGCAGAGGCAAAUGAUACUGACAGGUUGUGUGGCAUUUGCACGCCAUGUUGGACCAACACGUGUAGAAGCUGAACUUUUACCGCAGUGCUGGGAACAGAUUAACCACAAAUACCCGGAAAGACGUCUACUUGUAGCAGAAUCCUGUGGAGCAUUGGCACCUCACCUUCCUAAAGAAAUCCGUAGCUCCUUGGUUCUCUCAAUGUUGCAACAAAUGUUAAUGGAAGAUAAGGCAGAUUUAGUAAGAGAAGCUGUGAUCAAAAGCCUUGGCAUCAUUAUGGGAUACAUUGAUGAUCCAGACAAAUACCAACAGGGUUUUGAAUUGCUGCUCUCAGCCUUGGGUGAUCCCUCAGAAAGAGUAGUUAGUGCAACACAUCAAGUAUUUUUACCGGCCUAUGCUGCCUGGACUACAGAACUUGGAAAUUUACAGUCUCAUCUUAUACCUACAUUGCUGAACAAGAUAGAAAAACUUCUCAGGGAAGGAGAGCACGGGCUGGAUGAACAUAAGCUCCACAUGUAUCUUUCCGCUUUGCAGUCCUUGAUCCCCUCUCUCUUUGCGUUAGUGCUGCAGAAUGCGCCUUUCUCCAGCAAAGCCAAGCUUCAUGGUGAAGUGCCACAGAUAGAAGUGACUAGGUUCCCUCGGCCUAUGUCGCCUCUUCAAGAUGUGUCUACUAUAAUUGGAAGUCGUGAGCAAUUGGCAGUGCUCUUACAACUUUAUGAUUACCAGCUGGAACACGAGGGUACAACAGGCUGGGAGACUUUACUGUGGGUUGUCAAUCAAUUGUUGCCACAACUUAUAGAAAUAGUUGGCAAAAUUAAUGUUACUUCAACUGCCUGUGUCCAUGAAUUCUCCAGAUUUUUCUGGCGCCUUUGCCGGACAUUUGGCAAAAUUUUUACAAACACUAAGGUCAAACCUCAGUUCCAGGAGAUUUUAAGACUGUCUGAAGAAAACAUUGAUUCCUCAGCAGGAAAUGGGGUCCUCACUAAAGCUACUGUCCCCAUUUAUGCAACAGGAGUCCUUACGUGUUAUAUUCAGGAAGAAGACCGAAAACUGUUAGUGGGAUUCUUAGAAGAUGUAAUGACCCUGCUUUCAUUAUCGCAUGCUCCUCUUGAUAGCUUGAAGGCUUCUUUUGUGGAACUGGGUGCAAAUCCAGCCUACCACGAGUUAUUAUUAACUGUUUUAUGGUAUGGUGUUGUCCAUACUUCGGCACUUGUGAGAUGUACCGCUGCUAGAAUGUUUGAGCUGUUGGUGAAGGGGGUGAAUGAAACUCUGGUAGCUCAGAGGGUUGUUCCUGCUCUCAUUACUCUCUCCAGUGACCCUGAAAUCUCUGUCCGGAUUGCCACAAUUCCGGCCUUUGGCACUAUUAUGGAAACGGUUAUUCAAAGAGAGUUGCUGGAAAGAGUGAAAAUGCAGUUGGCUUCUUUUCUGGAAGAUCCUCAGUACCAAGACCAGUAUUCUUUGCAUACAGAGAUCAUAAAAACAUUUGGUAGAGUUGGGCCUAAUGCAGAACCAAGGUUCCGAGAUGAGUUUGUUAUACCACACUUGCAUAAGUUAGCCUUGGUGAACAACUUACAAAUUGUGGAUUCUAAAAGACUGGAUAUUGCCACCCAUCUUUUUGAAGCUUACAGUGCACUUUCCUGUUGUUUCAUUUCAGAGGAUUUAAUGGUUAAUCACUUUUUACCUGGUCUCAGAUGUUUACGGACUGACAUGGAGCAUCUUUCUCCAGAGCACGAGGUUAUUUUAAGUUCCAUGAUAAAGGAAUGUGAACAAAAAGUAGAGAACAAGACCGUCCAAGAGCCUCAAGGACUCAGCUCCAUGAGAGAGAAUGUUGUCUAUCCUUUUCAACCAAUGUGUCUCCAGUAUUUGAAGAAUGCCUGGUGUAUGAUAAGUACUCAACAUUAAUUGAAUGAAUUAAUGAAUAAGAGCUUGAUACCAAUUCCGUGAAAGUUUGCCAAUUAGAUUAAAAGGAUGAUUUAUGAAUCCCUCAAAACAGCAUGAAUUUACUGAGACUACAUGCCAGACUAACCUAAAGUCCUUUUUUCAUAGAGCUAUUAUUAUAUGUUGUUGAUCAGGAGAAUUGUGUGAUCUUGUGCAUCUUGCCCUCAGCAAAGUAUUGGGUUUGUUUCUUAUAGUGAGCUUAUUUAUAUCCAAGGUAGAAAAUAUGGAAUAAAUAAAAGUCCCUAAAAGAGUCGUGCCACGUGUGUAUGGCCUUAAAAGGUUUACAGAACUUGUAUUCAUAUCUGACUCUCUGAGCAACCCCUCUUAUCAACAACCUCAUCAAGUCUUCCAAGUGAUCUGUAAGUGUGGAGAAGCCAUCCCUUUCUAAAGAUUGUAAAGUCAUUCACCAUUCGAUGUGCAUUUAUGGAGUACCUAUUCUGUGCUAGGUGUAGGGAUGCGAUGAAUAAGACUGACCUAGAGCAGAGCUUACAGCCAGGCAGGGAAACAAGUGGAGAGAGAAGGACUGAGGAGGACGUACUUUAGUUAGAUGAUUAUUUUUAUGGUUUACUUUGGAAGACACCUCUGAGGUGACACCUGAAAACUAGGAAGAAUAAUAGGCUUUAACCGUGUGAAAAUAGGAAGAGAAAAAAGAACAGUAUGUGCAUAGGCAAUGAGAUGAAAAAUAGUGCUAUGUUCAAGGAACUGGAAAAAAAAAAAUGGCCCAUAUAGCUGAGACACUAUCAAAAGAUCAAAUUGGAGAGGAGUAUGGCCAGAUCAUAUAGGGCUUUGUACACUAGACUAGAAGUUAGAAAGGGAAGCCUUUGAAUAGUUGUAGUGGAAUGAUUUAACCCAAUUUGUGUUAGAUAGACUUGUGCUUUAUAAGAAUGCUUUUGAAAAGGAGAGGAGUAGAGGCUGACAGCAGAAGCUAACAAAUGCAGUAGUCCAAGCAGGAGAUGGUGGCAGCCUGGACAAAAAGGGAGGGAAAGGAGCAGAUCUGCAACAUGAUUGGAAGUAGAAUUGGCAUGACAGAUUGGGUAUGAAGAGUGAGGGAAAGGGAAAAACCAAAGAUGCUUAGACCUCUGUCUGCAAUAACUGAAUAAAAUAAUGGGUGCUGACAAUAGUGAAGAAGUAAAGAAUAAGUUUGGAGAGUUAAUCUACAAUUUUGUUUUAGAUGUCUAAGAGUUAAUGUGUGGAAUUCAAAAUGUCUAAGAGUUAAUCUGUGAAAACCUCAAGGAAGAAGUUAGUUCUCUGAGUCCGGAUCUCGGGCUAGAUCAUGGAGUCCUGAGUAUUUUCCGUAGAGCGAUGGGACUAAAUGAGAUGGCCUGGGAGAGAGGAACCAUGGAGAAGAGGAUCCAAAUGUGAACCCUAGGACACUCCUCCUACUUCAAAAUCCAACAGAGCAAGAGGAACUACUAAAAGGAUCGGGAGUAUACAGUGAGUUGGAGGGAAACCAGGAGAGUGUGGCUUCAUGGAAGCAAAGAGAAGAGCAUUCUGAGGAGGGUCAGUUGCUACUCCUACGUCAAGACGAGAAUGGAUCUGAAACCCAUUGAAAGAUGAAAGUCAUUGAUGACCUCAAUAUAGUUUCAGCAGUUUAAUGGAAAUGCAAAGAGAGACAAUGACUAGAGGUGACAGCUCUUUCAAAACAGUUGGCCAUAAAGGGGAGCAGAGGUGCUGGUAGCUAGAAAGGAACAUGAGGUCAAAGGAGGGUGCUGUUUAGCCUUGGUUUGUAAUGGGAGAAAUUAGGUCAGGUUCAUAUGCCACUGAGAAUAAGCCAGUAAAACGAAAGAUGAUGAUGAUGCAACAGCAGUAACAAGCAAAGACUGUGAGAGUGAAAUCCUUGAAGAGGCAAGAGGGGUUGAGAUUCAGAGCACAAAUGGAGGGACUGGCCUCGUUAUAAUAGGGGAGAAGCAGAGGUGCUCUUGGAGGCGAUUCGGUAGAUUUAGUGGUGGGAAGGUUAGGGGGUUUCCAUUUAAUUCCUUCUAUUUUCUCAGUGAAGUAUGAAGCAAAGAAAUUGAUUUGGCUGGCAUAUGGAAAGUGUUAGAGGUUUGAAGAGAAAGAAGGUAGAAAUGUUUGUCUUCGAGAAUGGCAGAGGGAAUUACUAAGGGAAUUGCAGGAUUUGUUUUGAAAGCCCAUUUGAGAAUAGUUAUUGUGAAUUUAAAGAGGGCUAGUUUACUAUAUAUACGUUAACUAAUUGGAAUUUGAAAUAAAGAAUUUAAAUAAAGACAGCUAGUUAACACAAGUGAUUUUUUUUUUUUCUCCAGCCAAGAACAACUAUUCAGGAACAGGUAUGAAGUAUACAGAGAAUAAACAGGGCUGAGUUCUAGAUGCUUCAGAGAAGGAGAAAGGACAAGGACAUGAAAGCUACUUGUGUAGGAAUGAUUAUAAUGAUGGGCCAUAGAAUCCAAACUGGAGAGGGGGAAAAAGGAAAUAUUGGAGUGAGGGGGGAAAUAAAUAAUCUGAGAAAUGGGUCCCAAUAAAAUUUUUAAAAUAUGUUUUAGUGAGAAUAUUCAAAUAGGUGAACUGGAUAGAAACUUCCUUUGGGAGUAAAAAAUGAAAAGCAAAUAAGACACCUGAUCUACCUCCAGGCUGUAAGGUACAGGAGUUUGUGAGAACGAAAAUAAAAAGCCUCCACUUAAAAGCUUAGCAGGAAAGGUGGUGUCUUAGGGGUAGCCAGGAUUCGAUUACAGUUGGCCCACUUAUACAUGGAUUUUUUUUUUACAGUACAAUACUGUAAAUGUAUUUUUUCUUCCAUAUGAUUUUCUUAACAUUGUCUUUUCUCUAGCUUACUUUAUUGUAAGAAUAUGGUAUGUAAUGCAUAAACAUACAAAAUAUAUAUUAGUCAACUGUUUAUGUUAUUGGUAAGGCUUUCAGUAAAUAGUAGGCUGUUAGUAAAGCUUGGGGAAGUCAAAAGUUAUAUGCAGAUUUUUCACCGUGUGGGAGUCUGUUCAUGAAACAUACUGCUCUGUCGUUUUCUUGUAAUGUCUGUGUCUGGUUUUGGUAUUAGGGUAAUGCUGGCCUCAUUGAAUGAAUUAAGUAUUCCUUCCGUUUCUAUCUCCCAAAAGAGACUGCAGAGAAGUGGUGUAAUAUCUUCCUUUAAUUUUGAUAAGAAUUCAUCAGUAAACACAUCUGGACCUAGUGCUUUCUGUUUUGAAAGAUUCUUAAUAUUUUGAUUCUAUUUCUUUAAUAUAAGCCUAUUGUGAUUGUGAGUUUUGACAAGAUUGUAUCUUUCAAGGAAUUGGUCCAUUUCUUUUUCUUUUUCUUUUUUUUUUAAAUAAUCUCAAUGUGGGGCUCAAACACACCACCCAAGAUCAAGAGUCACAUGCUCUACCAACUGAGCCAGGCAGGCAUCCCAGAAAUGGUCCCUUUCAUCUAAGUUAUCUAAUUUGUGUGCAUAGAGUUGUUCACAGUAUUCCUUUAUUAUUAUCCUUUUAAUGUCCAUGGUAUCUGUAUCUUAAGGUAGAAGCUUAGAUGACUGAUUUUAGAUCUUUCUUCUUUUCUGAAAUAUGUAUUCAAUGCUAUAAGUUUCCCACUAAGUACUGUUUUUG